ACGUUUCUGAAGAUAUCCUAUAGCUCCUGCUAUCUGUUCAGCGCCGCGCCUACAGCCAAGCCAGCCUGGUGGCCGUUUUAAAGCACAUAAGCCCUCUUGCUAGGCCGAACAGGCAUCAUGGACUCAACUAUGACUGUCGUGCCACUCUUCCAGGUAACCUCGGUGAACUGGUUGUAUCUAUCUUUAUCUAUAGCAUUUUCAUUCUUGCUAUUUGCCGUCAUCACAUCGAACAUGAACAAGCCCAGAAUUCCAAAGGGAAAGAAACUGCCGCCAGGCCCUCGAGGUUUCCCAUUGGUCGGUCACUUGCCGUAUGGACCAAGAAACUUCGAUUACAGAAGAUGCCUGGAAAUUUCAAAACAGCACGGACCGGUGUUCAGGCUAAAAAUAGGAGUGAAAGAUAUUGUUAUCUUGAACGACUUUGACUCAAUAAAAGAUGUACUGACCAGAAAAGAUGUUUUGAACCGGACAGACAACUUCAUUCUAGAUCGAUCAGGUGUUAAAGGCAUUGUGACGCUAAACGGCGAUGCAUGGCAAGAUAAUCGCAGAUUCUGCCUUCACGUGCUUCGUGACCUUGGUUUUGGGAGAAAAUCGAUGGAAGAGCACAUAAAGGAUGAAGUUCAGUACCUUGCUGACAAAAUACUGGAGCUACGUGGCUCACCAGUGGACAUCCGCAAAUAUUUGAUCCCGAGCAUGUCGAACAACAUCACAUCACUGGUCUUCGGCAGACGUUACCCAUUCGAAGACCACAGGCGAAAAUUCUUGGAUGAGCGGCUAAGAAAGGUGGUGAAGAUCAUCGGAUCCGGAAGCCUUUUCACGUUCCUUCCUUCCUGGGCAUUUCUCAUCUUUACAACGCUUCCUUUCACUAACGUAGCCAAAAUCAAGGAAGUGCUUGAAGAAAUGUUCGAGUAUGUCUCCGAGGAGGUGAAGCAGCAUGAAAGUAGUCUGGACGAAAGCAGCAAUCGAGACUUCAUUGACGGAUAUAUCAAGAAGAUGAAGGAGAAUAAAGAUAACCCACGCUCAAGCUUUAAAAUGGGAAACCUGCUUGGAAAUGUCCUGAACUUUUUCGGAGCUGGAUCGAACACUGUCCAGAUAUCGAUACAGUGGCACCUCCUCAACUGCGCCGACAAAGUGGAAUCGGUGCAGCGCAACAUUCAGAACGAGAUCGACAGUGUGGUCGGGCAUGAGCGACAGCCUUGCUGGGAGGAUCACAACAAUAUGCACUUCACAAUGGCCACCAUUUGGGAAAUGUACCGAUGGCGCACUGUUGCACCACUCAGCAUCCCGAGAGAGGCUGCUGAGGACGUGGAAUACAAGGAUUACUUCAUUCCUAAAGGAACUGUCAUCCUUCCCAACCUUUCGGCCGUUCACUUGGAUCCCGUGACUUGGGAAAGUCCGGAGAUAUUCGACCCCCACCGCUUCUUGAAGAAGGACGGUUCCGGUCUGAUAGCCAAGCCAGACCAGCUCAUUCCUUUCUCUAUUGGCAGAAGAAUGUGUCCCGGAGAGACUCUGGCUACUGUGGAGAUCUUCCUCUACCUGACAACGCUCCUCCAAAAGUUCACCGUGAUGCCCUUGGAUGGAAAAAGAGUUGAUUUAGAGCCAGCUGCAGUUGCAUUAAACAUGCCCGCCCCACAACAGCUCAAGUUUCUAUGCCGCGAGUAGUGUCACCGACGCUUCUGAAGACAGGAUUGUUGCGUGUCCUAUUGGUCGCGGAAUAAUAAAAUGUAAAAUAUUUUGCAUAU